AAGAAAUGCGGAGCCGCGUGGUUCUAGGGGAGUUCGGGGUUCGCAAUGUUCAUACCACCGACUUCCCCGGUAACUAUUCGGGCUAUGAUGAUGCCUGGGACCAGGACCGUUUCGAGAAGAAUUUCCGCGUGGAUGUGGUACACAUGGAUGAAAAUACAUUGGAGUUUGACAUGGUGGGAAUUGACGCAGCCAUUGCCAACGCUUUUCGACGUAUUCUGUUAGCUGAGGUGCCAACCAUGGCUGUGGAAAAGGUCCUAGUGUACAACAACACAUCCAUUGUCCAGGAUGAGAUCCUCGCUCAUCGCUUGGGGCUCAUUCCCAUUCAUGCUGAUCCCCGUCUUUUUGAAUAUCGGAACCAAGGAGAUGAAGAAGGCACCGAAAUAGACACACUGCAGUUCCGGCUGCAAGUCAGGUGCACUCGGAACCCCCAUGCUGCUAAAGAUUCCUCUGAUCCCAAUGAACUCUAUGUUAACCACAAAGGUGAGUGUUGGGAAGGUGAGAAAGAGGGCCGACCUUUUGGUGGGUGCUACUUUUGGGGACUGAUAUCUCUUGAUGUGCUUCUUCCUCCAGUGUACACCAGGCACAUGACAUGGGUUCCCCUGGGGAACCAGGCGGACCUCUUCCCGGAGGGCACCAUCCGACCAGUGCAUGAUGAUAUCCUCAUUGCUCAGCUGCGGCCUGGCCAGGAGAUUGACCUACUCAUGCACUGUGUCAAGGGCAUUGGCAAAGAUCAUGCCAAAUUUUCACCUGUGGCAACGGCCAGCUAUAGGCUUCUACCAGACAUCACACUGUUGGAGCCUGUGGAAGGGGAGGCAGCUGAGGAGCUGAGCCGGUGCUUCUCACCUGGUGUUAUUGAGGUGCAUGAAGUCCAAGGUAAAAAGGUGGCUAGAGUUGCCAAUCCCCGGCUAGAUACCUUCAGCAGGGAAGUCUUCCGCAAUGAGAAGCUAAAGAAGGUUGUACGGCUUGCUCGGGUUCGGGACCAUUAUAUCUUCUCUGUCGAGUCAACGGGGGUGCUGCCACCAGAUGUGCUGGUGAGUGAAGCCAUCAAGGUACUGAUGGGGAAGUGCCGGAGGUUCUUGGAUGAACUAGAUGCAGUUCAGAUGGACUGAGGCUUGCAGACUUACUGGCAUGGCUGGGCUCGAUGCUCCCGAGGCAAGCUGAAGAUUUUGGGUUCUGACCUGCCGCCACAGGACUGCUGUAGACAGCCCAGUGUGACUAGGUGUCCUGAGUUUUCUGGGACAAUUCCAGUUUUACUUCAAUUAAUACAUUUGGUUAAAUGUGUUGCAAAAUGUGCCUUUUAUGCCUUUAUAAGGCCUUCAUGUAAAUAAAUUCACAUCCAAACAAAAAGUGUUUUGUCUGAGACCACUUCUUUAGUUUUGAUCCACAAAUCUGGGGCCUCGUGUCAGAACAAGUUUGGCAUUAGCAGUUAGCACACUGGGCUCAGAUGUCAUGGCAGGUCAGGGCCAAGGCCCUCUGAAGCCUCAUGAGAAACGCCAAGUUGAGGUGUUUUCUGGGAGCAGUCAGACCUACAAAGAAACUGUAUGCCACUUAACCUAUCUUUUGGAUACUGGACGAAAUGGCUGAUAGAAAAAAGGGUGGUCCCUUGCAGUCAAAUUACACUGCUAUCAAGAACCACGAGGAAGAACAGCAAUUCCCUUUGGACUGUCCCUCAGGGUCAUGUCCAGUGGCCACCAAUGACAGCACUGAGAAUGGUAUGGGCUGCCUCAUCUGUGUGUCAGCGAUAGAAAUCUUUUUCUAGCUGGCAUACUAUUUC